AUGGUUGAAAGGAAAGGUAUACAUCCAACUCACUUACUAUUUGCAAAUGAUGUUUUCAUUUUCUGUAAUGGUGAUAAGAAGAGUAUUCUAAAUUUGAUGAAGUUGCUUGAAGAUUAUCAAAAGUGUUCUGGUCAGAUAAUAAACAAACAGAAGACCAAAUUGUUCAUUGAUGGUGCUUCUGAUCUGAGGAAAAGUCAGCUUAGAGAAAUGAUUCAAAUGGAAAGAAUUGCAUUUCUCUAUAAAUAUCUUGGAGUUAUUCUAUGUGUUGGAAGAGUAAAAGUCUCAACAAUAUGGCCUAUGGUAGAAUUGAUGCAAAGGAAACUUGCUACAUGGAAGGCAUCAAUAAUUAAAACCUGUGAAAAGAUCAUAAGAAUUUUUCUUUGGUCUGGUGAUGGGGACACAAGGAAAUACAUCAAAUUUUCUUGGAAAAAUGUAUGCACACCACUGAAAGAAGGAGGUUUGGGUAUUCCAAGACUUGAGAAUUUGAAUAAGGUUUUUCUCAUGAAGAUGAUGUGGAAAAUUAAUAACUCCAAAGAAGAUUGGGAUUUGUUCUUUCAAGCUACAUAUAAAGAUAAAAAUGGGCAAUGGAUCUCCAAGUGGCAGUUAUCUUCAGUGUGGCCAGGUUUGAAAUGGGCUUGGGAAACCCUUAAAGAAGAUGUUAGAUGGAGAAGUGGUGAUGGUUUUGGUGUUGUAGUAAGGGAUUCAGAAUGUCAGGUGGUUGCAACUCUUUCUGGUGGUAUUAGAGUAGCUUCAAACUAUUUGGCAGAAACUUAUGGUGUCAUAGCAAUGGAAUUAGCUGUUUAA